AUGGAGGACCCAGAGCCAUCCUCUCCGGGUCUCGCGUCCUCCAGCCCUGCACUCCCACGGGCGCCUGCCCGCGCCGACACGACGCAGAAGACGCAGAAGACGCAGGCGACGCCAGACACUGCCCGCCCGACAUCGACGCUGACGACGGCGGACCUCGCGCCCGGCACGGCAGCCACGGAUCCCUCGCUGCCCAGAUAUCACGUCCGCGCCCCGUCGACGGCGCUGAAGCUCGACACGGACCUCGCCAUCGCCUCGAACCCCAACUCGGCACGCUCCCUCGACCCCGCCAAUCUGGAGCCCAGCGGGAGCGACGCGCUGCGGCAGUCGGCCACGGCGCCGAUUGCCAUCCAGGACAGCGGCUAUCUGAGGACCGCCUGGUCGACUGCCAGUCUCGGCUCGCUGUCGCCCUCGUCCGCCAUCUCGUCGCCAGCGCUGGCUGCCCUGGGCGACAUCACCCCGCUCCCCUCGCCCCUGGUCAUGGGCGACUCGCCCGGCCCAUGGCAGCGCGCCGACCAUCGUCCUCGCUCGCGCGGCAUCUCGGCCGCCUCGCGCGACGACGCCUUCGCCAUCUUCGCCAAGGGCACCCUGUCGCCCUCGCCCUCGCUCAAGAAGAAGGGCUACUCGGGCCUGAAGGCCGCUGCCAUGGAGGCCGCCGCCGCAAACUCGCAGCAGAGGAACGAGGCUGCUCGCGAGCGCAACAGGAGCAUCAGCGAGUACACCCCGGAUUCAAUGCACAACACCCGCCCUCGGCACGUCUCGGUCGUCGACACGGACCCCGCCAUGCAGCAGCGCAUGAACCGCGAGACAUAUCUGGCGACGCAGCGAGGCCUCGUCCCCGCCAAUGUGCCAGCCGGCCUUCCCACCCCGCCCGCGAGCAACGCAAGCAACCGCAGUGUUACCGACACCGAGGAAGACGACGUGACCGAAGAUGACAAGACUCAAUAUAUAGUGGUGCGGUGUGGGCCUCAAAAGACGAAGAAGCUCUGGCGCCCUGUCCGCCAACUGGGGCAGGGCACCUUCAGCAAAGUCUACCUCGCAACCUGUGAGAAGACCAAAGCAAAGGACCCUCUCGAUGAGAACGUUUUGGAUCCACGGAAACUGGUCGCCAUCAAGGUCGUCGAGCAUGGCCCUGCCGGGGGUGCCGACGAAGAGCGCGUAGAACUAAGCCUCAAGCGAGAAGUCGAAAUGCUCCGAUCAGUAUCGCACCCCUCUCUUGUCCAUCUCCAAGCCUUCGAUCACGAUGACGCCCAAGCUCUUAUUGUCCUUACCUACUGUCCCGGUGGUGAUCUGUUUGAUGUAGCCAGUGACCAUCGCGACAAGCUGACUCUCGACAUCGUCCAUCGCGUCUUCGCCGAAAUGGUCAGCGCUGUGCGUUAUUUGCAUACCCAACUUAUUGUGCAUCGCGACAUCAAGCUAGAAAACGUCCUUCUCAAUAUUCCUGUGUCUACCGUGCCUCUACUCAAGAACCCACAGUGCCAUCCGCAUGCCAUAGCGACACUCACGGAUCUCGGCCUCUCACGACGCAUCCCUGCUCCUCCCGAGUCGCCUCUUUUGACAACACGAUGCGGUAGUGAAGAUUAUGCUGCUCCAGAGAUUCUCCUCGGUCAGCCAUAUGACGGCCGUUCAACCGAUGCCUGGGCGCUCGGCGUCCUGCUCUAUGCUCUCAUGGAAGGACGUUUGCCCUUUGAUCCACCGCCGGGCAAGGCCGCGUCUCGUAGUAGAGCCGCUCACCGUAUCGCCAGAUGCGAUUGGUCUUGGGUCAAAUUCGGUGACGAAGACGGCGAGUGGGAUGCGGAAAAGGGCAACGAGUGGGCUGGCGCUCGCGAGUGCGUCGAGGGUCUGCUGAAGAAGGCCUCACGUGGUCGCAAGAGCCUGGAGGACAUUGAGAAGCUGGACUGGGUUCAGCAAGGCAUUCAGGUCAAAGGCGGCUUGAGAAUGAGACCGGAAGAUGAGGUUGCUGAGAUUGCUGCAGCUCAGACCUCGUCGAGGUGA